AUGGCUGCCCGCUACAGCUCCCCGCCAAACACAGAACGAAGUGAUAGUGUCGAUCGUGAGGCAGACGAUGAAAUGCGUGAAAGUAUCCAGUGUGCAUGCGGGUCUGAGAGCGUAUGUCGAUGAUGACAGGAGUGGCUCGGUCGGCGUACGAUGGGGGUGCUGCGACCUGUACAGAGGCGCAGUUGAGGCAUCAGCCAUGGAUGUGCUGGCGUGGUCUACUCAACGUGUGCCGGUGGGUGGGCAGGUUGGUAUGAGCCAGAGGAACGUUUUGGACACAGUAUAUCCCAGUGAAUGCUGAGUAGGACGAACGCGUCCGUUAAAUAGGCUCAUUGUCAUCCAGACAAAAGAAUUGGAAUAGAAUGCGGCGUCGAAAGUGUAACUUCAGGUAAAUGCGUCUGGAGCGGCUCAUUGCAAAAGGGUGGAUGACCUUGAGGCAACGAGGUCUUGAACAAUGACGUCAGACGGUCAUAAUGGCUGCCGCCACAUGUUAACCGAAACUCUAAGGCGUCUGUUUCACAAAUGACGCACAGUAAACAAUCAGAAGUUCAGUCCUGUGCAGCAUCAACCUAGAUUUUGACUGAACACCCUAUCAGUCGACUCUGUAAAUUGAAUGCUUGAAAAGAAAAUAUAUCCUUCAACAGGGUUUACUUAACCGAAUGACUUUUUAUGACUCGGCAGAAUUCAGCUGUAUUUUAUAACAAAUAUUCAUUAAUUACUCCGGUUUUCAGAAAGACAGUUAAAUUCGGUUCGUUUUUAAACAUCUCGCGCUCUCCCUCGUUCUUAAGAUUUGAAAAGUGCACAAUCGGCGUGCCCUUUGAAGUCCAUGCAUAUACGGUCACAUGUAGGACCUAACUCUAGCAAGGGGAGUUCGGGCUCUUGAACAAACGCAUUCGGUGAGCACAAGUUUGGGUUGGUUAGUUGUAUGGCCACGCCUUCCUUAGCGCAAGAAUUUGGAGUUUCUCGCCUCACAUGUUAGUACCCGCAUCCUACCACUUGGUGUUGCAACAACAAAACAUGAGUAUUACUCAACGUUGCAUCCAGUAGCUGACCUGUCUCAUGAGACCUGAUGACAGCGAUUGAUGUGAGAAUCUUCGAACGUCUUAAAGCAAGCGCACUUUUCUCGCUUGUCUAGCCUCCUCAAGGAAAUGUCCUUUUCUUUUGCAGGGAAUAUGUCCACAUAAUUUUCGUCAAAGAAAAUGUGAAUAAAUUUGUGCGAGAAUGAACGCUACGAUAUAUUCAGGCUAUUUUCUAUGCCAGUACCUGACCCAGACAUAGGUUGAGCAACUGAACGUGUUUUUCUCCGGCGGUAGGGUAAUUUUCCCCGAAGGUCUUAAUAAACGGAGCUUACAGCACUUGAAAAUUGAUUUUUUUGUCUACUGCUUAGCGUGGGAAUCAGUUUGCUAACCCAUAGGUUAUUUGAAGAGAACCGGACAUUUCACCAAUUUCCAGAAGGCAUAUUAACAGUUCUGUGCGAUUCGGCGCCUGAAAGUUCAGUAGUAAUGUACAAAGGCAAGCCUUCGCUUUAGUGGGCCGAAACUGUUUGCUGUUGAGAAAAUUCUAUGUUUUUUUCACCACAGCCACUACUAUCGAAUAGUCACCUUCAAUUGUGAACAUAUAGAACAUUACUUUUCUCGCAGCUUAUCUUCUGUAAAUAUGUAAGUUAGAAAUGGAACGAGCAGAACAUUAACGGUUUCCGCGAAAUUCCAGUAUUUGUGACCACCACGCCGUGCAUUAAUAAUCGCAGAACGUGGAUUGAAAGUGAGAAAACAUAACGAAAACGGACGCAGUAUAAAUGGAGAGGCAUGCUCUUACGUUUUCACUAGAAAAAUAUAGGAAUUUUUUUUAGCAUCGUGAAAGAAACGGCAAAAAGUGUCAGAUUUUGUCUUGGCUUCACUAAGCACAAAUGCAAAGUACACAGAAUUCAGUCAACUGAGUGCAGUAUUAAGACCGUCCUUAGAGAGGCAACUUAUUGCUAAACGUUUUCUAAUUGAUCGAAGUCAUGUCAGAUGCUGACUAUUGUUUUGGACGUUCAUUUUAUUUGACGAUGGGGUUUCAUGCUUGGGUUAGUCUUAAAAUGUGACCCAUAUGAACUUCUAAACAUUCUCUACUUCGGCAAGUACCCUCAAAAUACGUCCUAUUUUAAGCAUUUUUACAAAGCAUUAUACAGAAUCUGUCUUCAUAGGCGAUCGACGGGAAACUUGAAGAAUCAUGAAUUGUUCAGUAAUAUUUAAAGACUGAUUUGAAAAUCAACUUAAUUCAAAAUAAAGAAAAGCGCAAAUUAAUUUCACGGAAAACAGACCUAACGAUAUACACAAAAUGGUAUGUUUACGAUUACAACUGUCGUUUUUAUUUAAAUUUAUUAGUCACUGACCCGCCUGGCAACAUGUGCCCUUAUGAAUCCGUCUAUGCGUAUGACGUCCCUAUCGGCAAAAUCAAGCAAAAUCCUGUUUGCCUUGCUGAACUGCAUCUCAAUCAAUUCAAAAGCGUAGAAAAUACAACGAGUCCUCGGGAAACCGUUUUGGAGGCUGUUGGCAAACUGCCAUACCUGAAAUUACUCUAAUUCUUAAGGGAUAUUUAACUGUAAACUUCACUAAAAGAUUACUUUCAAAGGUUAUUCUAUUUGUGAUGUCAUAUUCACUCAGUAUUUUGCAUGGAUAGGCUUCCAGUACAUCGAAAAAGGAAGUUUACGUAAUUACAAUCAUUUUGACGUCUGUAGGAUUCUCCGCAUUAAAAAAAUCUUGGCAUUCCUACCUCAAACAUUUCUUUUAUGUUUUUAAUUUUCCUACAAUUGUUUUUUAUUAACAUAGAUGUCGGGUCCACGCAUUUGUGUCGGUUUGCGAGUGAUUGACAAUCAUUUGCAAAUUUCGACAUCCCUAAUGAACUAAGUAACGCACCGUAUUUCAAUAAAUGAGGUUCAACAAAUGAGGUUCAUUUCAUGAUUACCACUUCGUCUUCCAAGCCGAACUGUGUUCAUGGAUUCACAUGUACUUGUGGAUGUGAGUGUAUUGUGCGAAAAAAAGGCAAACGUCUUCCUGGAAAAUUGUAAACAUUCGUAAACACCUUUCAGAAUCAGAACACAAGCCUCCCGAUCUUCUACCAAGAAGAAUUUGUUAGAUAUCCGCCAGAAAGUUGACUUAAAAUUAUCCUUCAUAAUCUCUGUUUCAACAUCAGAAGCCCAGGUAGCACAUAGUUCGCAUGCAGCCUACUUUCCGGGAAAAAGCCUGGCUUAUACAUGAAAAUAAUCACCCGGCUAAUAUCAUUUUACCCUGGCGUGUCCUAUUUCUCAAAUUCUCACAAAUGUUUCGGUUGUUCUUUUUUCGUGUUCCAUCGCGUCCGAAAUCAUUAUUUCACUGACUUCAUUGCACAGGCCGAACAAUGACUCAGUUUUAAUAUCGAUUUUUUAACAAUCGCAGAGCGUUGAUAAAAAUUACUUUCCUUAACGUUAUGAAGCAAAAAAGCAACGGCAAAGCCUUCACGAACUAUUUUGAUGUGAAUAUAUCCUACUAGUAUAUGUGUUUAUUUCGCAUCUUAUUAAUUCUCCGAUGAUGAAUCCUCGUAGAGGCCAGAACUAUCAGAAAACUAACCCUUCUUCCUCGAGACCAAAAUGUAUUGGUUUGCCUUCACUUAUUCUUUGAAAUUGGUUACUGGGACACGAAUAUUUACUUUCAGACGAUCUGCGACCUGCUUUACUUAAAUUAUGAAUAAGUUUAUAGGUCUCAAAUAUACAGUUGAAUAGUGUAAGGACGUAUGUAGCAAGGGUUACGUCAGAGGAGAUCAAGCGUGGCGUGGCUGAACGUAUCUGUGCGUGGGCGUUUAUGUGUACAAUUAACGAAAGACACUCAGUCGGUCGACGGUAUACGGUUGCAGAGAGCUUGUGCCGAAGGGCCAGAGGAGAGGAGCUGGACGGUGGUGAGGAUAUUGAUCUUCAUAAAAAUUUCCCGACACCGGCCUAAUCGAUGAUCUUGCAUUCCGGCAGUUGACUCUGAAGAACAGCCUUCGUGGAAUUCUUUGAGACUGGGCUGUUGGUGAUUUCCAGGCGACGAAGCGUUUUCAGCAGUCCUAAGGUCAUAGUGCUGUCAGCUGUGAGGCCCUUGCACCCUAGAAUAUAAUAAAGCCGGUAAGAGGAGAGGAUUAGGUUCUGGAUAAGAUUUUUUUGCCAUUACAGCAUGUCUAAAUGGUCCUACACUUAUGAUAGUCGUGGCUCUAGGUGCAAAGUUAGGCAAGCCCACGAUUUGCCAUUCAAAAAAUGCUUGAUUUCCUACCUGGCUAUCAUGACAUAAAUUAAACAUUAAGCCUCUAUCACGGCAAAUGCAUAGUUCCUUGCUUUGCGCAGCUACAGUAGAACAUCUGUCAGGCAACUAUGGUGACUGGAGCUAUAUUUACUGUUCAUACUGGCCCACGAAGAAAAUAACGUAUUAAUGACUUAGGUGUCGAUUGAAAGGUUCGCUAACGGCCUACGCCACGUGCCAGUUAAUUGUCUGCCUCGAAAUUUUGUUUAAGAAAAUUUUGCUUUUAUUUAAUAGAAACCGAAAUCAUUUGACAUAUUUGCAUUACAACAUGGGCACCUAAGUGACUUUCCAGUAAACAGACCUUCUUUCAAUGUUCUCUUGACGUGUGAGCCACUGUUAUAUCAGUUCAGAUCCCCAACUUAGAGCGAAAAGACAAUGCAAUUAUUUUAAAGUUCUCUUGUGGGCAACAAUAGGGUGUAGGGCUCCAGCCAAAUUGAGCUAGCUAGAGGGCCGUGUCAUACGCUGAGUGGUGGCAGAGGGGGUUUUACGGUUGGGGCAGCAAACAGGACGGAGAACAAUAAGACAUGGAAUGAAGAUAAAUUUCUGCCGAAGGUCUUAUUGUACGCUGACAUUUGGCAAAGGUGAGCGAGACAAGGAAAAAAUAAACUUCCAAGAAGUAGCGGACUUUGAAUAAAGCGCCUCCGGGAAGUCUUCAUUUAGUCGGGAAGGGUAAGGAAUUUCAAUCAAUGGGAACAGUGAAUAACAAGUGAUGUUUACAUUGACGCUGGUGUUUGGGGUAUAUUUUUGGAGUUGCCAUCCACUUGUGUGUCCUACACCCCAUUUUUACCCUCUAGUGUAUUUUUGGCUAUCCAGCGUCCAUCGAGUCUAGUCUGCCAGCAUCCGUUUAACCUGUGAAAAUUUCUAAAAUUAUUCACCAUCGUGUUGUUGCAUGCGUGAAGAAUCGUACAUUCUAUGGGGAAUGAUUGUACAGAUGCCGUAUCAGGCUCGUAAAAUUCCAAACAAAGUCAGUGUGGCCAAUUUGUUCGUCGUUUCCAAAAAUGCACAUUAUUUGUCACAAAAUUUUAUGUUUGUAGUAGCUUUGAUUUUUGCUAUUUUGACGAAAAUUUAAAUUUUUUUAACGAAUUUUCAGGACCGGGCGAGUAAUUGUCAGGGACUGGUUUGCGUCCAACCUCGGGCAACACUGUAAGGUUGUUUUGCAGCAGUCAGUCCUAGGUCACACUGAAAAGGACUGCACCAUUUGAGGUCACCCCCAGCCCUAUUGAACAUCUUUAUUACUCUGCGUCUUAAGCUCCGAUGACUGAACUUCAAACUCUAGCGUAGUUAGGGUUUUGCUGCAUGAACCUGCAAGCAGACGAUCCCUGGCCCGAAUUUGGGUCAGACUGUCUGUGCAUACACACGCACACACACACGCCUACGAUGGUUCAUCUGCCGCAAGCGAGCGGGUCCGGUAUGAACGCCGAAGGGCGGCAUUGGUGACGUGCGCGUGAAUUUUUUUGCGGUGAAGCAGAUCCAGUUUCCCUUCCCAGGCCCACCCUCCAGACUGAACCGCAAGAGGACUGAAGUUGGGCAGGGAUGCAGUGAAGGAGAAGGCUUAACAACCGAUCUGCGCGAACAACACACAACGUGUCAACUAAAUGCACAUAUAGUGGACUUGGAUGAGGACCCGUAAUUCACAUUAAUGAGAAGCUCAUAAAGGCUAGAAUGAGAGGGAACAGUUACAUUCUAACCUUCAGUCCGAAAAGGAGCCGAGUUACUCUGUCAGUUGGGAACCUUGCGGACGAUGACUACUAGCAGUUAGUGCGCAUCCAGUCUGUUACAUUUACGAGUGUGUUGAGUUGCCACGAGGAGAUGUGCCGCAGCAUUACCCGGCUCCACUUCCUCUACGUUUUCCCAUGCCCUUUGACCCGUCCGAAUCUGUCUGCCAGCUAGUGAUAAACACGCACAUAGGAUGACGGUUCUACCGUUGCAAAUGACGACGGCCACCCUGUGGCCCACAGAGUAUUCGGCCAGACUUACACAACAUCCAUAGCACACUCUUCUCUCUUACCUACUAGGCUCCGGUGGCGAGAAAAUGUCCCGAAGACAGAAGGUGGGAUUCAACGCACUGACUGCCGAAACUAGGUACAGUAGGUGGGCUUACUCAUGGAAUGUCAAACGAAAUUCCAAAAUGCGUUUUCGUUUCAAAAAGACCAAUUCAGUAGGGUUGGAAAACCAAUCACCAUGCAGCAUAAUUUUACAAUAUUUCAGUUAUGGUAGGAUGCCGGCUUUCGAAUGAACUGCCUUCCGGCUAUAUGCAAAAACUACACUCUUUAAAAAACGACUAUUUAUUUAGCAUGAAUUUUCCUCAUUGAUUUUCUAUGCCCCUAAAUGUCCAAUUAUAUUUCAUGGCAAACAUGCGUAAAAAUAUUGAUUCUUUUGCUCAUUCGGUAGAAGAUUACGUCCUCUUCUAAUUUUAUACUUAAAGGAGGGACAUAAUUCGGUUUUAAAAAACAUUUCCAACUACCGAAUAAUUUCGAACGCACUCUAUCGUUACACUUGGAGUUAGGGUUUUCAAAUUACAAGCCGUAUAUUUUCCGCGCACGGAAAACCACACAUUUCUCUAUGGUAAUAAAGGGGAACUAUAUAGGGUUCAUAAAAUGUAGCAGUAGAUUUGAUUCAUAUUGUAAAAUUUACAAGUCACAUUGGCAAAUGCAGAUGCAAACUUCAAUCAAACAAUGUUAUAAGACGUUAUUUUAAGCCCAACUUCAUAUCUUAUAUGAUUUUGGCAGAGAAUACAUUUUAUACAUUCAAAAAACGAACUUUACUUAAUAAGAGCCAAUGCUAACGUUUUCGGCUUAUUGCGAUUUUCAAAACAAAUCGGCAUUUCUAAACAACGCACCACUGCCUUUAAUAUUUCUUUUAUGUUUUUAAUUCUUUUAAACUUGUACUUCAUUAACAUAGAAAUCGGACUCAUGAGAUGGUGUCGGUUUGCGAGUGAUUGACAAUCGUUCGCAAAUUUCGGCACAUUUCAUGAGUUAGGUCACUAACUGUAUAUUUCAUUAAAACAUGCAAACAAAUAUUCAUCCUUUUGUUCAUUUGGUAGACAAUUACGUCUUCUUCAAAUCUUAUACUCGAAGGAAGAGCAUAAUUCGGUUUUAAAAAAACUUUUCCAAUUCCCGAAUAAUUUUGUGGAUCUUUUAAAUACCGUGAAAUGGCCGUUCAUCAAUCGUCAUGUCUCUGUAUUUACCAAUGUGGCUUGUCAAGUUAGCAAUAUGAAUUAAAUCUACUGCUACAUUUUAUGAACCCUAUAUAGUUCCCCUUUAUUACCAUAGAGAAAUGUGUGGUUUUCCGUACGCGGAAAAUAUGCGGCUUGUAAUUUGAAAUCCCUUAAUCCAAGUGUAACGGUAGAGCAAGUUCGAAAUUAUUUGGUAGUUGGAAAUGUUUUUUAAAACCGAAUUAUCUCCCUCCUUCGAGUAUAAAAUUAGAAGAGGACGUAAUCUUCUACCGAAUGAGCAAAAGAAUCAAUAUUUUUAUGCAUGUUUGCCAUGAAAUAUAAUUGGACAUUUAGGGGCAUAGAAAAUCAAUGAGGAAAAUUCAUGCUAAAUAGGUAGUCGUUUUUUAAAGAAAGUAGUUUUUGCAUAUAGCCGGAAGGCAGUUCAUUCGAAAGCCGACAAUGACCAAAAGUUUAUUAAUGGAGUAUACAAGCAAAUUGAGAGACUCCUAGUAAGAAGGCGGAAUGUUGGAUAAUGUGUUGCGCUCUUGAAUAUGGCAAGUAGGCUCAACCAAUCAAUUCGGUAAAGAAACAAAUGAGUUUGGUCGACGGAGCACGAGUUUCAGCGCAUGCUAGAAGAACCGGGAAUGUGAAGGUCUACUAAGCUCUCUAAACGGAUUACUUGGGUGAACCUCGAAUACCCUUACAGACGGAGAAAAUGUGCCCAAGCAACAUGCACGUAGAGUAGAUGGCGAACCUCACGAAGGCCUAAUAAUUGCAGAAUUUGUUUGAUGCUGACCCGACUUUUCAUACCUUCACGUUUUCAAAACUGAUUCCGAAUGAUCUACUGUGGCCCAUGUACGCAUAUAUAGGCACAUAUAUGCAAAUGUGAAGAGCACUGUGUGAGCUCUUUUAGAGGGCUUAAAGCGAUGCAUAAUUUUACCUGAUGACGUGCAAGCAACGUGUUAAGCAAAUGCAGUGUCAGUUUUGGUUUAGACUAAAACUGAAAUUAAUAAAAAAUUAGAAAUCCGAAGUUACCCCUCGUCAAAAUAUGUGCCUUCAAGGUUACACAGCCUUCUGCAAAAUGUAGCGUAAAAUGGAUUCAUCUACAUACAUUCCAUAAAAUAUGUUUGGUUUUGCGCAGUGUUUGGCAGUUAGCAGCAUGAAUGGAGAUUGCAUAAUUAAUUGUCCUUGGCAAUGUUACCCAUGUACUGAUAACUGGAGGAACGCUGAACUACAAACCAACAUUUUGGCGCAUGUGGAAUAGCUUGACAAUACGCUGCAUCCUAAUUGGUGCUGAAAGCACAUUGGAAUUAAGUCCUUCGACCGGAAACGCUAGCGAAAAUGUCGGUCAGUGGGUAACGGGUUUUUUUGAUCAGUGUGCAUUUCAGUGCAAAUGAACAAAUGAGUUAAUGACAGGCGUAAACAAGUAAACAAACUGAAAUUUGAACAAUCUAUAACAAGAAAAAUCAAUACAAAUACAGUGGGAAAAACGGAUUUGUCAGACUUACACAGUCAAAAUACAAGGUCAUGGCGUGAUACUCAGCAGGUUAAAGAACCCACUGGGCCUCUUUGGGUCGAAAUACACUUGUCUAAUAGAGGAAAGUACAGUAGAUGCGCAAACUCAUGAAAUGUCAACCAAAAUUUCGAAAUGCGUUCUCGUUUCGAAAAGAUAAAUUAAGUAGUGUUGUAAAACUAAUCACGAUGCAGCAUAAAUCUAUAAUGAUCCAGUUACCUCAGGGCGUCGGCUUUCGAAAGAACUUAUUUUCGGCUGCAUGCAAGAUCUAUACUCUGCAAAAAAUGACUAGUUAUGUAGCAUGCAAUUUUCUCAUUGAUUUUCAAUGCCCUUGAAAAUGCAAUUAUAUUUCAUGGAAAACAUGCGUACAAAUAUUUAUUAUUUUACUUAUUCGGUAGAAAAUCACGUCUUCUUCCAAUUUAAUACUCAAAAGAAGAGUAUAAUUCAGUUUUAAAAAAGUUUCUGAUUGAGGGAUUUUUUAAAAUCGUUAAAUGGCCGUUCAUGAAACGACAUGCAUCUGCAUUUACGAAUGUGGCUUGUAAAGUUAACAAUAUUGCUCAAAUGCACUGCUUAAUUUUAUAAACUUCAUAUGGUUUCCUCUUUACACCGUAGAGAAAUUCAUGGUUUUCCGUAUACGGAAAAUAUACAGCUUGUAGUUUUGAAACCCUGAAUGCAAGUGUAACAACAGGUCGGGUUCAAAAUUAUUCGGAAGUUAGAAAAGUAUUUUAAAACCGAAUUAUACUCUUCUUUUGAGUAUGAACUUGGAAGAAGACGUCAUUUUCUACCGAAUAAGUAAAAGAAUGAAUAUGUUUAUGCAUGUUUUCCAUGAAAUACAAUUGAAUUUUCAAGGUCAUCGAAAAUCAAUGAGAAAAUUGCAUGCUACAUAACUAGUCAUUUUUUGCAGAGUAUAGAUCUUGCACGCAGCCGAAAAUAAGUUCUUUCGAAAGCCGAAACCCUGAGGUAACUGGAUCAUUAUAGAUUUAUGCUGCAUCAUGAUUAGUUUUACAACACUACUUUAUUUAUCUUUUCGAAACGAGAACGCAUUUCGAAAUUUUGGUUGAUCUUUCAUGAGUUAGCACAUCUACUGUAAGUCAUAAAUAGUCAUCCAUGAAAUCCCAACCUCCGUCAGUAACGUUCCCUUGGGGUCAUGACUGAUGGUUGCUAUGCGGCCACAAUCGCAGGAUUUGGAUCUGAAGCGCCAGGGUGAAACGAAACGCUAAUUCUCAUCCUGUAAUCCGGAGAAAACGAUGGACGGCUUUCUAAUUUCGAGUCCUUUCUUUAAAUAAUUGUAUGGGAAAUUUACUUUAUGAAUGUUUGACCUAAAGAGACGAAACAACUUGAUUUUGGAAAGUUGGCUAUAAUUGGAGAGUUUGGAACUCUCGCAUGCGUGUUCGUGCAGCCCUUUAUUUUCACGUUUAGUAAUGCUGCCCACAAAAUAUGCCACAGAAUAGACACUGACCACCGGGCGCCUCUUUCUCAAGGCACGCAAAACAAUGAUUGCUAGGUUCAAUAAGAGAAAGGAGGAAAAUACACAGUGGGCAUAGAUGGUGUUUCAACAUUGGCGGAAAUUUGCAGGAAUUUUUGGAUUUGAAACACUCCGUUGUGUUACCUGCCAUGUUUGCAGAGAACAGACAUAAAAUUGAAUGUUGGCACACACAGUUAUAUUAGAUUAAGGUUCUAGAAAGAUGCGCAUUGUAUACUGAGCGACGUUUUCCCUGAGGUUCCAACAGAAGCGCUCCGUUAGAUGCCAACAGAAUGCUGGUUAGAGGUAAAAGUGAGGUAUAUUCACGCCUAAUCAGUUUUGCAUCCAUACCUAAGAGGCACUUUCCGUCUGAAAGCAAGUAAACUUCAACAAACACUUCGUGGGUUUCAGAAUAAUGCGUGUCCCUGGAUUUCCAUCCUAUAGCAAUUAACUAAGGAGCUACUGAAAUUGAAUCAGGUCUGAUCAGAUCCACCAAGAAGGAUGUGAUGAAGAGGAAAUUAUAGCCGACAUUGUAGUUGGUAGCUGCCAAAAGGCAUUCGGGUCGGUGAGGGAAGCAUACUGAAACCGACUCUGCGGGCCGACUGGCUAGGGAGGCGAUGCCUUUUAGGGCUGAAUAGGACAGAAGCAGAAAAGUGGUCGGCCGAAAAACUGACAAAACCCACACGACCACCAGAGGAUGACUAGGUGGACGCUAAUACCGACUUAUUUCAUACGCUCAUUUACCGUGACUCCGCGCGUCACUUCUGCUUCGGGCAAAGGAUGAACAGCAGCAGCAGCAGCAGCAGCAGCAGCAGCAGCAGCAGCAGCAGCAGCAGCAGCAGCAGCAGCAGCAGCAGCAGCAGCAGCAGCAGCAGCAGCAGCAGCAGCAGCAGCAGCAGCAGCAGCAGCAGCAGCAGCAGCAGCAGCAGCAGCAGCAGCAGCAGCAACAGCAGCAGCAGCAGCAGCAGCAGCAGCAGCAGCAGCAGUAG